GUGCUACAAAGACAUUAGAAGACAGCGAUGGCCAUGAUGUUGAGAGCAUUUACUCACGCAACUACAUAACCGGAAAGUUGACCCAGAAGAAGGAGGAGCAGCUGGGAACCCCCGAGGCGGCGCUUCGAGCGAGACGGCUGCAAGCGCAGAAGCAAAAGAGAGAGAGAGCCCUCGCCCAUGCCCACAUGAACCAGGUGCUGAAGGAGGCCACCUGUCGAGUGCCCCAGAAGCGAUGCCAGCUGGUCCAGCAGGAUCCCUCCAAGAUCUACACGCCCCACUGCACCAUCCUGCACCGCUGCAGCGAGGACAGCGGAUGUUGUCCCAGCAGAACCCAAAUAUGCGCCGCCAAGAGUACCCACAACGUUGAGCUGCAUUUCUUUGUGAAGAGCACCAAGCACCGCAGCGUCAUCGAGAAGCGGACAUUUGUGAACCACACGGAGUGUCAUUGCAUCGAGCGGUCGAGCUACAACGAGGACACGGCCAUGGCCAACUAUGGACCAUCGGCGGUGCGGGCCACCAUAUUAAGCUGCACCUGUCCGCGCAGCUUCGAGAAGAUCCUGCAGGACGACGGGCAGUGCAGAUGCGAUUGCAGCUCCGGCAACUACGAUUGCGACUGGCUGAAGCGAGGCAACGAGCACUUCGACAUGAACAAUCGCAAGUGCAUUCAGCAAGGUCGCUGCAAGCCGCCCACAUGUGAGUACGGCCUCUACAUGGAGAAGCACGGUCGCUGCCCCAAGCAGCACGAGCAGCCUGUCUACAAUGCCAUGUCGUAAGCGACGAGUCCCCGGAGUCUGAGGAGCGAGCGGAACCAGGAAAAGUAUUAUUCAGUCAAGUGGCUAACAACUCAAGGCCAGACGACGAGUGGGGAAAACGGGGGGGAAAACUCUACCCCCCUGACGACUAGAGGAAAAGCAAAGAGGAGAGACGUGAAUUUAGUUGCAUAUCCUAUACAAAACAAUACGAAAAUAAAACGAAAAGAAAUCUAUUUAUACACAAGGUUGGGUCGAUCAGAAGGAUGUGAAUAUAAACUCAAGAAUUCAAAGGACAAACUUUGAAAUAUUCCAAGAACUUUUGAAUAGCAGGAAUUUUCAAAUCAUUUAAAAUAUGUCAAACUG